CCAAAUUUUAAGCUGUGGAAAAAAUAUUUGAUCAACGGCUUCAAAUCAUCCGAAAAAUACAACUUAUGUGCAAACAUUCAAACGUGAAGUGUAUUGUGAGAAAUUAUCAACGCAAGCCUAGUACAUAUUUCAUCGGCCGUCAGUGUUUAACCACUCUUCAAACACUUGGAACAUUUUAAAUAGUAUUCUUAGGAGAAAAAGAGUAAAUAUGUGUGAAAAUAUUGAAUCUGUUCCAGACUGGCUCAAUGAGCAUUUUCUGGAAAAAAAUUUACGAAACCAUUUCAAAAACGAUGAAAUUAACGUGAUCAAUUUCAAUGUAAAUGUAGCAACGGCAAAAGAAGGUAGAAGUGUAUAUCGAGUUACUGUAUCGUUCGGUGUUUCUUUAGUAGGAGAAGAGAAUUGCCAUCUAAUCGUGAAAGAGGCGUCAUCUAUUGCAGAUUAUCUGGAUGCAUCCAGCAAAGAAAUAUCAUUCUAUGAUGAAAUUGUUGCGAAAUUCAAUGAAAAACUUGACGAUGUUGGCGAGCCAGAAUUGUUUCCGGAAGUGUUUGGCGUUUGUAAAGAGAAAAAUCUUAUAACUCUGGGAGAUUUAUCAGCCAAAGGUUAUCAAAUUUUGCCAGCGAAUCGUGGGUUCAACAUUUUCGAAGCGAAAUCAAUCCUGAAGAGAAUGGCUGUGUUUCAUGCCAUUUCUGCCGUUUUGCAAGAGGAAGAUGCAAAUAUUUUUGCCAAUUAUAAAUAUGGUCGCUUGUGUCGUGAAACUAAUCAAAUUUACGCCGAAAAUCUCAAAGUUGUAACUGAUGUUGUUUCUAAAUGGCCCAAUUUUGCUGUGUAUGCUGAAAAAUUACGUCGUCUUUACGGCGAGAUAAUUGAGCGGGCUCAUCAAACAUACGAUGUGAAUCCAAAUCACUUUAAUACAUUAAACCACGAUAGUCUCUGCUCUGAACAUUUGAUGGUGAGAACGGAGAACAGUACCGAAGACAGUCCAAUCGAAAACACUGUUUUUAUUGGCUUUCAACACUCUUGUUGGGGUUCGCCCACACUCGAUUUACAUUACUUCUUGAAUACUUCCAUUGAUGAGGCUUAUCGGCCACAGCGAUUCGAUGAAUUGGUUCUAUUUUAUUAUGAACAUUUGGUUAAUUUCCUCAAACAAUUGAAGUACAAAAAUCGCAUUCCGAUUUGGACAGAAUUUCAAAAUCAAUAUCACGAGAGAAACAUUUUAGGUUUCAUAUUUUCAUGUUUGGUUGAGCCGUUCAACGAUAUUCUUGUGAACAAUGAAGUUGAAUUGAAGGCAAGGCGUGACUUUUACAAAGAUGAGACAACUCAAGCAAAUCUUCGAAAUAUUAUUCUUUAUUACGAUCAAUUGGGAACAUUUGACUAAAAAACCAAUGUUUCCAUCUCAUUUUGAAAAAUAUUAAAUAUUGAAUCUGAAAGCACAGCAAAUACAGAAAAUUACAUGCAAUUUUAUUGUAUUGAAUCAAUGGUUAAUUUUUUUUUGUCAUUUUUUCUAGUUCUAAUGUUAUAAGAUCAAAUUUUUAAAUGCGUAAUAAAUAAAUAAAAGGACCCAUGCCAAAUUGCAUUAUUAACGAACUUAUCAAU